UGAGAUUGCUGCUCCGCAGGAUUUUGGUUCGAAGGUCUUGCGAAAGUGGGGCCAUCAUGGUGGGAAGGGCGGUCCCUUGGGAAACGCCGGUUUCUCGUGAUGGGCCUCAUGGGCCUCUGGAAAUUGGCACAACUUGGCAGGUUGUGUCAAAUUCAACACUUGCGACGAAGGCUUGUUCGGUGAUGAAGAAGCCGCCAAAGGAUUUGCGCAAGUGGUUGGGGCAGCUGGUCACAGUUGUGGAGAAGAACUCUCAUGGACAGGUCAGGUGCAAGCUGAAGUCCGACCUCGACCGAAAGGACGCGAUUUGGCUCGUGCCGGGUGCUUUGACGGCCACCAUCACGACCGAGAAGGAGCUAGUCCGUGCGAUCUUGGGUGGCAUCUACAACUCGGUUGCGCAGCGCUCUGAGAAAAUGACACAGGUGGAGCUCCAUGUCCUUUGCAAGGAAGGCUCAGAAGUCUCAGGUUCAAAGCUCCAGUGCGUGCAUGGAGAUGAGGUGAUGCAGCUUCGAGCAACGUCGGAGGGACAUUUUCAUGGGCUCUUAGAGGUGCACACUGAAUCGAAGGAGAUUCCUUUGAAGUUCGUCUUGCACAACGAGUCUAAGAUGGACAUGCUCUUGAGCUUCGUUGGAGCCAACGCAGAGAGCAAGCAGAAGGAGUUGCGACUCCCCUGGAAGUCGGGUUCCAAGCACACGUUUUGCGAGUUGGCCUUCAAGAAGAAGGAGAUCACCUCGAAGGCAGAGUUCUGGGGCGAAUUCCUUUGCGCUUUUCAUCGAGACAUCGCCCAGUGCGACUCUGCAGGACUGCCUGAGGCGAGCGGCACAGAGAAACUCUUCGCAGCGUUGGAAGCGCUUUCUGCUCUCACGUGUGAGCUACACAACCCACCCGAGUUGGGUGCAUACCUGAAUCUGCUGGAUCGUCCGAUGACACCGGCACAGGGCCUUUUCGCCUGCUACAUGCUCGGGCGGCUACUGGGCCCUCCGGGGAAAGGGGAGUUCUUCCCAGGUUGCUUGGUGCUGGUCGAGCGGAGGACUGGCAGCAGCAGCAAGAGGUCUAAAACCAUUGAGGUGAUCUACGAAGUUGUGGAGGAGCGAGGACAGAAGCUCCGAGUCAGACUGCCGGGCACAGACAUCGUGGAAGAUGCUGAUAUGAACAAAACCAAGCGAUUCUUCAAGAUGAAGGACUCCAAGGACUCCAAGGUCCACGUUCUCGAUGCCAUCGCCACAUCCUCCUUGGAGGGGGCAGAGCUUGAGAUGCUGCUCAGCGACGAUUUGCACCUGAUGAGGGACGGCCUACACGCUCUGAUGAGUCGAGAUGCAUCACAAGGUGGUGCUCGUUGGAUCAGAGCCUUGAGGCGUAUAGCAAUCUCCCACGCACGGGAUGCGGCCAGGUUUUUGGAGAACAUGAGCUUUGAACUAGGUCGGAGGAAGGAGACCCCAAAGGAGCUCGCGUUUGAGUUGAAGGAUAUGGAUGGAGAUGUCUUUUCUGACGAGACGUUGCAAGAGGCCUUCUUCAAGGUCCUCCUGGGCUCCAACUUUUCAAUGGACGACCUGCGGACAGUCCUGAUGGCAGCGCAGCAGGGCGCUACGAGGACGAAAACAGAAGUCGUGGCAGGUUGGUUUGGAAUGGGUCAGCAAGAAGGUACAAAGGCUUUGGUUCAUCAAAUCUUGGGAAGUUUGGCGUUCGAGAAUUACCGCCUUCGAGUGAUUAUGAGCUGCAAGAAUAGCAAGGACCCCAUGGGUCUGGCUAAGACCUGCGAGAGCUUCCAACAAUGUGGAGAGCUGCGUCUCGAGCUGCUGGCGCUUUGGGAGAAGAUCUUUGUGAGCUGGGUCGAGGGAGGGGCUUGGAUCACAAAGGUGCCUGAGACUGCUGAAGGCCUGGCAAGGCUCUUAAAGCUGGAGGAUGAGACGAUUCUAGAGCUGCUGAUGAAGAUCAUGAAGUUCAUGUUGGAGAUUUGUGUCUCAAAGGCCUUUGGAGAGCUGCCGACGCUGGUGAAGCGGGUGGCGCCGUUCCUGCACAAGCUCAAAGACCAGGAGGUGAUGGAGCUUGUGUCCUCCUACAUCACGAGACAUGGAUCUUUGGUCAACUUUGGAGCUGGCAGCAAGGAAGUCAAGAGAAUCCUCGCAGUGCUGGACGCGGGCAGCAAGCUCUCAGAGAUGCUGACGGGAGCCCAUCGCAACGGUUUGGACAAAGUCAUCGGAGCUGAAGUGGAUAAGGCAUGCAAGGACUGUGGCGGCAUGCAGCUGUUGGAAGCACUCCCUCAGAUCAAGGUGGAAGACAAUUCGACAGCAUCCAAGGAGAUGUGCACGCUUUUUGUGAAGAUGAUUGUUGACCGGGCCCCCUCCAUUUGCUAUGAAGCCCGGACCUUCGCGGACGCCGUGAAGCGGUGCCUGGCCGCGUUGCGCGACGUGAGGCCCUUGGCCGAGGGCGUGCUCUUGGCGUUGCUGGAGGCUGCUCCCAAAGAAUCCAUGGAUAUUCAUACCCUGAUGGAGAAAGGUGCUGAGCAUUGGCGGCUCUUGCUCAAGGCCUGGGAGGAGCUCGGAGAGCGCCCCAGGCGCCAGGAACGGCUGGCGGAGCUCUUCCAUAUGGCGAAGAAGAGCUUGGGAGAUUUGGUCACAGGUGAGAUCAAAUUGGCUGAUGCUGAGACCCUGCUGAGCCACAACCGGGAAGCACUCCUGGAGCUCCUCACAGCACUCGCCAAGUACCUGGAUGGGCUUGACCGGGCCGCGACGAACCUGGUGAGCAUCAUUGAGACCCAGGUCCGUACGUACAACGAAGCAGCUGAACGAUCCAGGAAUUUCCUCCUACUUUGCAGACACUGCGGGCUCAUUGGCUCUGCAGAGGUGUCUACGGCUGGCCUUGCAGUCUUGGAGCGCGACAGACAGAAGUCCCUCAAAAGAUUGCAGUGGCUGAACGUUGAGGACCGCUGGUGGUGUCCGAAGUUGAAAGCCAUCAAUGAUCUUCCGAGCUGUGAGAUCUUCAAGAGGAUCGUGAUCAGGUGGGCCAAGGAUGAGGAGGCGCUUACUGCUGAGAGCGACGCCGACAGUGAGGAGGAGGGCGGCGCUUUGGAGGGAGAAGCGCCGCAGCAUGAUGAGAGAAGUCACCUAGACGUGUUGAACACUGAGAUGGACGGAGGCUUCUUAUUCGAUGCCAGUAAAAUGCUGCAGAGCUUCUUUGAUGAAUUCGUGAGCGAAUGUAAGACGCUGGCUGAGACGUCCGUGACGAACUUGGAGUUCGACAGGGUCAGUGAGCUGAUCCCCAUGGAAGAGGCCAGUGAAGUUCGAGAGCAUCUGAGCGUCGCCAACAAAGCGAGUGGCGUCGGUUUCCCGGAGUUGUUGCAACGGACCCUCCAGAUGGCAGCGCGUGUGCCUCGGGCAGCGGCGGACUUGGAGGCUGUGCACACGGCUGCGGGUGUCUUGGGCAUGCGAGCUGGAAAGACCGAAGUCGAGCAGUUGAAGAGUUGGGCGAAAAAGAUCUCAGUCCCUGGUGCCUAUCGCAUCCCAGUGACUUCACUUGCCAAGUCGGUGGAGGAUGCGGACGUCGUCUUGGGGAAGUUGGCGACCAAGGUGGUCGGCCCAGCAGCUGGCGGUUGCAUCCCCAUCGCACGAAACCUGGCGGAGGCCAAGGAUUUAUACGAAUUUCUGAAGUCUUUGUUGGACGAAGAUCUAUUGCAACUGCAAGAUUCCAUGGAGAGCCACUCGGAUGAGCUCCUGAGAAUGGACACCAUCUUUGCAUUGGAUGAUGUGCGACGUCUCUUCAAGGCGCUGACGAAGAGACGCUUCAGGAUGGACUUCGCUGAUGCGUUGCUUGAAAGCGUUCAGGACCUGAAGGACAUCAGUGAUUUGGCUGGAAAGUUGCAAACAUGUGUGCAACAUUCACAUGGGCUGCAGAACUUGUACCGGAACUUAUCGAAUCGAGAGGAAGUUGCGACCGAGAAGAUCAAGCAAGCCGUCAACUUGGGGACCUACCGCAUUGAGUGCCACACCACUGCCGUUGACAUCAGCCUGACAUACCCCAGUACAGCCACUGGAACGAUGGUGAAGCUGGGAAAGCAGGACUUGGUGGAUUUGCGAGCCAGAGCUUUGUUGAACCACCCAGAUGAUCGGGCAAAAGGAGCAGACGAGAGGCCACUCAUGAACUUGUUCGUGCAACAAGUGGACGUGCUGCUGCCGGCUUGCAUCCAACUUGAGACACUGCGCGAUGAAGGCUUCUACUGGGCGAGAACACGGGUUGAAGAGGCCUCCAAUGUGGGAGGUGGCGCGUUGCAGAAGCUGAUGCAGAUGGACAAGAACUUUCAGCAGGACCUGCAAGAGUGGCGACUUCAACUUCAGGCGGCACGCCAAAAAUACCCUGAGUUGGCAUUCGUCUACUCCAAGCAGUUUUGGCUGCUGGCAGACUUUGUACAAGGGAAUGCCAUGCAACAGCAUGACACCCAAAUGGUUCUCUCCAUUCUCUCCUUCAUCGAGGGCAAGGCUUUGUCUGCCUCAGAGCGGCAGAUCGCUUGCUCUGUCAGCCGGCGGGCCGUGCUGCCCGAUCGGGUGCAGCUGCGUGGGUGGUUCGAUGUCUUGGCAAAGUCGCUGGUGGAGGUUUUGACGACGGUUGCUGGAGGCUGCAGAGUCAACCUUCGAGAUCGGCAGCCUCAGCGCUUUUUGUCCGAUGAGAUCGAGACGGGCUUGCUGAGCCGUGUCCAGCCAGGUGUGGUGAGAUCCGUGCACGCCAGAGCGAAGGAGGACGUCUUGCGCAUGGCCUUGUCCUUCUACGGAGGAGAGUCGGCACUGCCACGAGCACACGAGAUGAUGUUUUGUUCUGCAGCCACCUCAUGGCCACAGCUGGACGCCUUCUUGGCGCGCUGCCAAUACGUCCCAGGCCUUUAUGUCAUGGUCCAUGUACAAAGAUUGAGCUACAAGUUGCAGCAUCGCCUCGUUGAGCACCUCAAGUCUCUUGGGAGCUCCUAUCGCUUGGUGCUCGUGGCCCUGUGCAAGAGCGACGAUGCGGCACAAGUGCAUCUCCUCCGGGAGAUCCCCGCCAAGCCCGCCAGCCCCUUCUCAGAGCUGGGCUUGAAGCGCUUCGUAGAGCUUCUGGCGCCGAAGCUCGCGGUCGUGGUCUCGGAGAAUGCUGGCUGUGGGAAGACAGAGCUCGUUCGGCAGCGGGCCUUUGCAUUGAAGAAGAGUCCAGUGACAGUGCCCUUGAGUGGGCCGGUGAACUUCAAGGACUUCAUGCAGCGAUUGCUUUUGCAGAAAUGGCGCGGCUGUGACUGUUUACAUUUGGACAUUGGCCCGACCCAGGAGCAGGAUAUCUUGGAUGACAUCCUGGUGCAGAUCAGCUUGUGGGGUUGCUUGCAAGCUGAGUCCAUGAUCGCAGUGGUGCCACGAGACUACACCUUCAUCGAGCUCGCCAACUUGUCUACUCCGGUUCUCCUGGAGCUCACAGUAUGUAGCUUGGUCUCACUGACAAAGGCCGACUUCGAAAUGUGUUCCUUCUACGUCUCCCCCGAGGUGCGGAGCCCAUCACAGGUGGUGGCCAAGAUCUUGGAGGCGAGAGAAACCACCAACCUCGCACAAAAGGUGAGCCUUGAUGGCCCUGCCAUGCCAGAGGAGCGCUGUCGAGAUUUGCUCAAGCGGCAUUUGGUACACAGGCUUGAAGCACAAGGUCCGCCUUCCUAUGCCUUGCUCCAUAUGGUUCUCCGGGUGUUGGCGGUGCAAUGCGUCAGCUUUUGCACAUCGGCGUACUUCGACCCGAAGACUCUGCAGAAGUUGCAGAUCGAGGCAUCUUCCGUGCGGAAGGAGCUGGUGGAUCGAUUGGUGGAGGCGGCGAUCGACUUCACGACCCGGGCGGUAACCUCGGGUCGGCUGCGACAACGGGAGCAACACGCGGCGGAUCAGACGGCUGCGGCUGCUGCGGAGAUGUUUGAGGGGAUGGUCCGCUGGUCUGAGACGAAGCCGUUGCUCCUAUUCAAUCGGUUUGACCGGCAAACCCUCUCCUUGGUCUACCGGGAGGAGAGCGAGGUGCCCGACGCCGUGAGGGCGCUCUUCCGUUCACAGGCGACCGGCGACGCGAGCGCGCUGCCGGACUUCAAAACGAUGUCCACCACGGAUCUCGAGGCACGCCUGGGCCGGAUGAUCUUACCGCUCAACCAAGAGCUUGGCAAGCCGGCCGAGGGCAGCAGCUAUGUGGUGUCACCAGAUAACUUUAUCAAGAUGGUCUGGAUUGCACUGAGAGUCGAGGCUCGAGUGCCUGUGAUCAUCAUGGGUGAGACUGGUUGUGGCAAAACCUCGUUGAUCCGGCAUUUGGCGAAGCUGCUCACGGUCAACUUCCUGUGCCUCAACGUCCAUGCUGGCACUUCGGCCGAGGACAUCAUCCGCUUUGUGCAAAGCGCAGGCAGCAGCCAGGAGAGAGUGACCUGGGCCUUUCUGGACGAGGUGAAUACCUGUGAGCACAUGGGUCUGGUCACAGAGAUUUUGUGCCAUCAUCGAGUGCUUGGAAAGCCAUUACCUGAGAAGCUCGUGCUCCUCGCGGCAUGCAAUCCCUAUCGCAAGAAGGCGGUCCUGACCACAGAAGCCCGCCGGGCUCAAGCGCAGCUAGUGCUUGGAGACACCAGCCAGAGGCGGAAGAUGUCCCGAUUGGUUUAUAGUGUUCAGGAGCUACCCGAAGCGCUUUAUGACUUCUUGUAUGACUUUGGCUUCCUCGGCACGGAAGAAGAGGAGAGUUACGUAGAAGCGAUGGUCGAGCCGCUCUUCCCGUCCCGCCAACCUGUUCAGCAGCCGUACGGCUUGUUUGGGUACCGCCCUGAAAGGCCCUGGGCUCCUUGUGUGAAGGAUUUGAUUAUCUUCUCCCAAGAGUUCACGGCAGAGAAUCAGCCGGAUUGCCUGCUGAGCUUGCGGGAUGUGAAGCGAUGCGUGGAGCUCAUCAAAUGGUUCCAGGAAAGUUUGCGCCAGCGGCAGGAGUCCUGUCACAGAUGGGAAGAAGACCUAUCACCGGAGGAGAUCACCUUCAGAUCGGUGCUCAAUGCCUUGGUGGUCUCUUACCACUGCCGGCUCCCGACACAUAAACUCCGCGAAGUCUACCGCCAGCAAGUGGCGCAAAUCUUCGAGAACCAUGGCAAAUAUUUGCCAAGGCAAAACAGGCAGCAAACCUGGGAAGGUGGGAACAUCCUCAAUUGGCUCAAGAACAACGAGAUGACUCGAUACAUUGAGCUGAUGAAGCUGCCAGAGAUGACUGCCACAAACGAAGCACUCCUAGAAAACGUCUUCGUAAUGAUGGUUUGUAUCUUGAACCAGAUUCCCAUCUUCGCAGUUGGAAAGCCGGGCAACUCCAAGAGCUUAGCCCUGCGGAUCUUGCACGCCAGCUUGAGGGGCCCAGACUCCGAGGAUCCCUACUUACGGAACUUCCCUCGGCUCUAUGUGAUCUCAUAUCAGGGAUCCGAAGUUUCGACGAGCGAGGGCAUCACCAAGGUCUUCGAGAAGGCCAAGACCUACAAAGAGAGCAUCGCAAAGGACGCCUUGGUUUUGGUGCACUUUGAUGAAAUCGGCCUGGCAGAAGCCAGUCCCAACAAUCCCUUGAAGGUGCUUCACGCGCAUCUGGAACCUGGUUACCCAAAAGACCGACCUGACUAUGCUGUGGUGGGGCUCUCGAAUUUCCCCUUAGACGCAGCGAAGAUGAACCGGGGCAUCGCAUUGGUCCGGCCUCCCUUGCGGCACACCGAUUUGAUGAAAACUCUCACCGCCAUGUGUGAAGGGACAAAGAUCGAGAGAGAACAACAGUUCUUGAAGGAUCUGGCAAUGGCAUACCACAUUUACUAUCAGGGCCAGCCUGUUCCGGACUUCCAUGGCCUACGAGAUUUCUACGCCUUGGCCAAAGCUUUGGCCAAGGCUUGGCCUAAUGAUUGGAAUGCGAGGAGCUAUGUGGUCUUCCGGACCAUCUCACAGAACUUCGGAGGGCUCCCACCGAGCGCAACAAGCUCGCAGAGCCAGUAUCCCGGACAGGCCUUUGCCCCGUGCUCCUUCCUUCAAUCGCAAGGGGAUCGGCUGAUCGGUGGAUCCUGGAGGCGAAUGUCGGUCAGUGUGGUGCAGAUGCUGGAGAACAACCUCAGAGACAGGCAUGCACGGCACCUGAUGCUCGUUUGCCGGGGAGAAGUGGAUGUUGCGUUGACCUUGGUCCGGCGAGCCGCGGAGAAGGAGCACCGGAAUCUGCAGAUCAUGAUGGGGUCUACCUUCACGGAAGACCAAAGUGACCACUACAGCUUUGGUCUCCUCAGGAGGGUCGUGCUCAGCAUGGAGCGAGGAGACUUGCUGGUGAUGCGAGCACUUGAAGCCAUCCACGGCUCGCUCUAUGAUAUGCUCAAUAUGAGCUACACCACCUUGGGCAACAAGCGGCACUGCCGGAUUGCCCUUGGCGACACCGACAUCUUCGCGCAGGUGCACGAGAACUUCCGCUGCGUGGUCCUGCAGGACGCGGAUCAGCUGCACCUGGCAGAUGCCGCCUUCUUGAACCGCUUCGAAAAACAUUACGUUUCCAUUAGCGACAUGGUGACGAGUCAGGUACAUCGUGAGGCAGUGAAACAACUAGAAGGGCAAGCUGCGAGAGCAACCUCAGGACCGCGGCUGAACGAUAAGCCGGAGGUGCAGUCCUUGUUUGCCGGUUGGGGGCCUGAAACCUCUGCAUCCUUGAUCAACUACGUGGCGGCAAGUAGCAGUGAGACUCUCCUACCAGGGCAGCUGGUGGCAAAGGCAUGGCACCAGCUGCUGCCUUGCGCCUCUGUCGACGGCAUGUUGCGCGCCACCGAGCUGUCCCAUUGGGCGCAGGAUCUGUCUGUGGAGCCCAAUGAUGUCAAGGACUGGCGUGAGCAAUUCUUUGCUCAGCCACAGUCGCUUCCCGAUUGGCUCGUUGCCAACGGCUGGCAGGCUGCACCCGGUGAAGCUGCGAUCCGCUACGGGGUGGUCCUUACGACCUCGCCGCUACAGAUUGAUCUGAAACAGAUCUUGCACGAUACUGUCCCAGCCUUCCAGUGCGUGGCCGUGGAUGCGUUGACCUCUGAGCUGGACCUCAGCCAAAAGCUUGAGGACUUCAACGAUGCUCAACUGCCUCCAGGGGCGGUGCUGGUGCUGCAGCUCCGGGCCGACUCGCCGCACGUGGAGCUUCUGAAGCACCGCUGCGCUGAGCUCCGGGAGAAUCGAAGGGCUUUGCUGCUCCUGCAUGGCUCGAGGCGCUUGAUGAGGUCUUCAGCGUUGCGCGUCGGCCUCAGCUUUCAGAGGGGCUGGAAGCAAGUCUUCUUGGAGCGCUUGACCAAGGAGACAGUCCUUGACGUGCACCAAUGCGUCAAGAUGGAGCUUCAGGAUUUCCUCAAGGAUGACGGGCCAAUGCCUUUCGAAGCAGUCUUGAAAAGUGUGCUAUCGGAAUGUUUUUGGUACAUCAAGUACCCUCCCACGCAAGCAGCGGCUUUGCACGUGAAGGAGGUUACAGAGCUAGUGCUGAAGGAUAAAGACCUUUUGGCAUUGCUGCGGCGGAUUUGCAUGGACAAGCUGAACGCUUGGCAAUCACAAGGACAAGUCUGGUGGCACAAGGUGCUGAAAGAUAUGCAGCGCCAAGCAGGCCAUGCAAGCUUCGCCGACUGCAUCGAAGCCUUUGUGCGGCAAGCGGUGCGGGGCCCCGCGGCCGUCUUUUUGUAUCUUCUGGAGAAGAGCUGCGCAUUGAAGACUUUGAGCUUCUACCCUGACGAUUCUGCACUCCGCCGGUCCUGGUUUCAGCUUUGCGAAGAAGAGCUGCUGCCCAAGAUUCAGGAGGUGCCAGAGCCGACGACCCCGGAGCAAUAUGCAUAUCCUCAACAUCUGCAGUCCUUGCGGGUGCCUUUUGCUGCCCACUUCGCAGAGCAGUUGGAUUCUUUCCGCUCGACCUUCUUCGAGCACAAGCUGCAGAAUGUUCACCACCAGGACCCUCGCGUUGGAGAUUUGAGGCGUGCGAUGGAGGCCUCGAUCAGCGAGAAGUGGCUGUCCAUGCUGAAGGAGCAUCGUGAAGCCUACGCCCAAGACUUGGCUGCCUUGCGGUUGACCGCCGUGCCUCUCUUGCAGAAGGAUCAACAGCUUUUCCUCCGGCCGAUCUUGCAGGACGAAGUGAAGAAUCGCGGCAUCACCGAGCUCCAUCAGUUCCUAUGGAGACAUCAAGGGACCCUACAGCUGGCUUUGAGGCAGUUGGCAGCAGUCCCGGCUGACUUGAGAGAUUUGACUGGCUUGAUGGGCAUCCUUCAUGGGAGAGAUCAACGGUUUCCAGAGAAUGUUCAGAAGAUGAUGGGCACCAUAACAUCCCACGCAUGUGCUGCAGUGCACCCCUGCCCUGCGACACUUCAGACACUGGGCAUCUCUUGGCUUUGGGUUGCCAAGAGAUGUCUCUCAGCAGCACGCAGCUGCUUGGAACAUUCAGAGCACUUGCCGGUCGAGGUCAGCGCACUCAGUGUGGUCACUGAGCUGAGCUUGAAGAUUGAGACGAAGAACCUUUUGGACUUCUGGACGGAGCUGGCCAUCGAGCCGAUCCGGAGCGCAGAUCAACUGAGUGACUUGGUGGGGCGGACGCUGAAAGCGGCCGAAGUGCAUUUGACCGCCCGUGCACAGCAGCGGUUCCAGCUCUUCGCACACCAACGGUUGCUGAAGCAUGGAGUGUCUGAAGGUGUCCUGCCCUCAGUGCUGGUGGGUUCGCCAGCUGUGGCGACUGCUGUGCUGGUGCGGGACUUGGUGCAGGCGGCUGCCCUGGACGAUCCCAACUGCUUCAUCGGACUUCGGAACCCCAGCAAUGGUGGUUCCAAUGCAUUGAAGGCCUUGGAGUGGCUUGCAAAACAGGCCGGUGCUGGAGCGGCCUUGAGUGCGGUCAUAUGCGUGGAGAUCCAGGACCAUGGCUUUCCAUUUUUGGACAUUAAGCGCUCCGAGUUUCUGGAAGCAAGGAGAAUCUCCAACGCCGUGGACCUUUUGCGGUCUUUGUCGGUUGGUUCCUUUAGCCUGGAGCACCUCUCGGCCUUGGCGCUCUUGCGGCUCAGCGCCCAAAGGGCCGCAGUGGCCAUCAUCGAGGAUGACUCCUUGUGGGACGGCUUAGAUGAGGUCUUGGAUGCAGCUUGCAGACCUGGAGGUGAAGAUCCCCUUGGCCUGGCUCCCUUGCUCCGCGGCACAGUGCUCCGGGAGGUGAGCGACAAGGUAGCCAACCAGGACAUCCUCUUGCAGCACGGCCGACAGAUUCAGUGGCUUUCAGCUAGCUUGCCACGGCCAGGGGAUGCACCCUUGCUGAAGGGUCCAGUGCCCAUGUUCCUCGGUGGCUUUCUGCCAGAAGCUGUGGAUGCUGCACAGGUGAUCAGCGAAGCUGCGGGGUGCCAACAAAACACGCCCGCGUUCAUGGAACUCACAGAGAAGAUGGACGAUCCGACCUGGCGCUUUGCGCUCUUCGCCGCCUCAGCGAGUCUGCUGUGCCAAGCGGAGGUGGAUGAUGCGAGGGAGGCUGCAAGGGGCUGGCUUGCAGAUCAUCCCGCCCUGCGGAGCCUAUCUCCGUUGAUGAGGGCAAACAGGGAGGCCCUGCCCAGCGAGAUUCGGCUUCAGUUGCAGGUGGCGCCCCUUCCAUUGCUCACUGCGCUGCACCUCGCUGCGGCCGUUUGGACAGCGCCAGGUGGAGUUGGAUUUGCGGGACCUUUGAAGCAAGUGGCUUUGGGUCGCUUGAAGGGCUUCUUACCAGCCAUGCCUGAUGAUGAAGAGGAGAUGAUCCUCCACGCGCUCUUUGACGGCUACCGUACUGGGCAUUUUGGGAGCGGGCAUACAAGAUAUCAGUGCCAGUGUGGUUUUAAGUACAUUGUCGCAGACUGUGGCCAAGCAGUGGGCACUGGAAGGUGUCCGAACUGUGGUCGGCCCAUUGGCGGGGUCCAAUACGCAGAUCACGGCAACAGGAGGCUCGACGCACAACCCCGGCAAGGGCAUGCAGGUGAAGCCGGCUACAUUCGCCAUGCUGCAUCCCGCGAGCGCCGGCAAGCGGUCCGAGAGCUGACGCCUUUGCCAUACAGGGCUUUACAUUUCCUGAUGCACUCUGCCCUCUUGGGUCAACUCUUCGAGCAUUCGGGGAGAUUCUCUGGAUCAUUGAAUCUCCAGAGCAUUUUGGAACACUUGAAUGCUGAUUGGGAUGUGAUGUCUGUCAUUCUGGAGUCAUCGCCAGUGGCAGUCCUCAUGGAUAUCGCACGCCACCUCCUCUUUCCCACCGAGAGCGACAUGUCCGCGCUGUCCCACCUGGGCGACAUGUCCGUGAGCGAGCGCAAGACCUGGGAGAAGCGACUCUUGCAGGCCGUGCUGGAGCCCGCAUUGGAGCCAACUUCACGCGCGGACUUCGAGGCACAGCUGGACUGGGGGGCCUCCCUCGGUGAUGCCAAGGAAGCGCUGCCAUUGCUAUUGGCAGAUCGUUUGGCGCCUCCCAACUUGAGAAUGCCAGCUAUUCUCUCUGAGCAGCGAGAGGAGACACUGCACACAGGUGGGGAGUCCUCUCCUGUGCCAGAGCUCCUCACGAUGCAAGGGAGCAUCCUGGAGCUGGGCGCUGGCGACUUGAGCUUCGCACUCAGCUUCGCGCGAGCACAGUCGGGCUUCGAGCGAUCGGCGGACCUCACCGUGACCACCCUGGAGCAUUGGCAGGUGGUGCAAACGCGUUAUCCAUCUGCUGCUGCGAAUCGGAAUGAAUUGGAAGGCCACGGGGCCCGAUUUCUGGACCAAAUCGACGGCACGGACCUGCAGUCGACCAUGCCUGGCGAAAGGUUUGAUGCCAUUAUUUUCAACUUCCCCUAUGGAGGGACUUUCUUGCAGAAUGUGAAUAAGAUGAAGCAUGGCAAUGGCCUUCAUCGUGCGCUACUUGAAGGCGUUCUUGCUUCUGCUCGCUCAGUAUUGACCAGCAAUGGCUGCGUUUGGAUGACAUUGCUGUGGAGUCAAAUCCAGGACUGGAGCGUCGCGGCACUGGCUCAACGCAACGGCUUUGUGCUGAGCAAGACGGAAUCAUUUCCGCGCAGCCGUUUUCCAUAUUACACGCCGGUCUGGGGCGAUGAUCGCGACUUUGAGCGGCGUCAACCAUGGCAAAUCUACGCAGGGAAGCCCGCUGUGCUUUGCUGCUUCGUGACGCCUGAAGCCAAGCGCCGCUGCCAUGCCGCGCGCGCCGCAUCCGCAGCAGCAACGCCGGCGGUUCCAGCCGCCACACGGGCCGCACCUGCAGAAGGCGCUGCUGGUUGCAGAGAUGAGGAGUUGAAGCUUGGCCUUGGGCGGAUGCUGCGCUUGGUUGAGAAGCCCACCAUGAACAGGUUGGAGAGGGAGUUCCAGCUUUCAGCCGAGCUUGCUGUCAAGUAUCCACUUCUGGAUUGCGCCCUGAAGAGCAGCGAGGCACUCCACUUGGCAGCUCAUUUGGCGCCGAUCUUGGAAUUCCAAAGAUUUCUCAAACGACACUUAGAGUUUGAAGUCAGCCGCGCGGACGCCAAUACCUGGAAGCUGCGCGAUGUGCUUUGCAGCUUAAGGGACGCAAGCCACAGCGCUGAGAGCGGCGAGGCUGGCGCCAGUCAUCAGUCAGAGGCGGCCACCUUCGCGCGGAAUCGAAAGCGAUUUGAGCGGUUCCAAAGUGCAUGGACUGCAUGCAAACAGGCGGGGUGCAUGAUCCGCUAUGGGUGCAAACAGCUACCCGAGGCACCCGAGAUGACCUUGGAAUCUCCUGUAAGUUUGUGCUGCCCAGAUGAGACCACCGACGCAGGAUCCUUUGUAUUGGCCUUGGUUCAAAGCCUCGUGGAUCGGCAAAACAGUUUCCUCAAGGAGGUCCUGGCCAUGGCCUCUCGCGACGCUUUGGGUGCUGCAGCGGCGGUGCGCAGCGUGCUGGAGUAUUGGUUUCAUCCAGGCCACGUCUGCUUGCCCAUUGUGGGGAUUGAGGAGGUGAACGAGACACACCUUUUGGUUCACAGCACAGAGGAGGACCACUUUGCGUGGAUGACUGGCUUCGGUGCUUCCGGCGCCUUGUGUGGUUGGGAAGAAGAGAUGCAAGCAGAUGCAUCGGAGUUGCUGGUGCCAGGAGCAAGAUGCGUCUUUGACUGGAACCUCUUGGAGCAGGAAGUGGCCGAGAGACUUCUGCAAAAGGCUGUGCAAAUCGACUUUCGAGUGGAGAACUUUAACUUUCCGUUCAAAGGGGAAGCCUUCCUGAAUGACUAUCGCUUCUUGGAGGAACUUCAUGAACGGGUCCCACAGGAGCUGAGCCCGGACGAGCCACGUGCCUGCCUCAUGUCCACCGUGAAGGCCGCAGGCUUAAUGGCCUCCCUCCAGGCGACCAUCGCGGCCGUCCGACGACUCACACCGGAGCCCGGCUUGUCGUUGGACGACUUCUGCAAGAACUGGUUCCACGGGUCGCAUUUGCAAGAACUCCUGGCACGGAAGGAAGCGACCUGCCGCGGCUUGAAUGUUCAGCACCUCGUCCACUUGUUCGAAUUGGUCGAAGUUCAAGCAGCAAAGGACCUGGCACAGGAAGCAGGGUCCUUGCCGAAGCGAUAUUGCGUGCCCUUGCCUGAAGGCCUCCCAUGCCUCCAGAACUGGAUGGGAUCACGAGCCCGUGAGAUCCAAGAGAUCUUGUUGAGGAUUUACAUCCGUUGGCUCACCCAUGGACGUCUACAGCCCUCGGAGUUCAUCGCAGACUAUGCGGAAAGGGCGUCGAGGCUUAUGCAGCCCUAUCAGAUGGACGUGAAGGAGAUCUUUGGGGAUUUGCAGCUAGCUCAUGUACAGGCUGCGCUAACCUUUGCUUCCAACAGAUGUCCCACGGAGUGAAGGUUGGUCUGAAAGUCUGAAUUUGGCCAACCCGGACCAUUCUGCUCUGAAGAAGAGAGCUUCAUAGAGAAGCAGUGGUUGGUUAUGUGGUUCGUCAACCAUAGAUGCUGCAGUAGGUUGUGUUGCUGUUCUUAUUUGUGCCACAUGGUUGUCUAUUUGUGUUGUUCCAAGAGCCACGCUUUAGGUUUUGCAUGCAGAUCUCAACAUUGC